CUCUGAUCGAUACCACUGCAGUUUUAUACCAGCAAGUAAUACAUAUACCCGGGCCCCACUAAUACAAUACUAGUCCGUCAGAGACUCGUUCACGAUGUCGACUCACCUUGCGAUUCUACCACUUGACAUUAUUGACACACUGACUGCGCGGCUAAAUCAAGAAGACUGCCAUCCCGACCAUGCGACUCGAUUUCUAAGACUUCCGCACCCGCGUACAGGUCUCGCUUCACUGUUUCUUCUUCACGAUCAACAUGCACAGGGUGAUACCACAAAGACGAGUUCCAUAUUGGAGGUGCAAGCCAUAUCCCCAACAAAUGCACGGACCUGGUUCAUAGGAGAGGAAGUCGUCGCUGAUGGAAAGCUCGUGGUGAUGACGCCGAUGGACCCCAUGUUUUUGCUCUUGUAUCUUUUACGCGCUCCACAAGCGCGUGACGGCUCGAAAGGAAACUUCCGGCCCAUGCAGGAUAUCAUAGAAGAAGUCGCUACAAGGAUUGCUGAUGCUUCCAAGAAAGAUGCUCAGAAAGACCCAUCAUUAAACGUCCCCGCAGACGACAUUGUUUCCUUUCUGUCUCUGGAUUUUGUCCAGUCCUCUGUAAAGCGCGUCUGCGACGUUAAGGUCAUAACGGAUGAGAUUACCGUAUACAGAUACUCUCAUGACGUCGUGCUGGAAAGUCUUAAGGGAAAAGUGGGACGCUUAUCCGACCCCAGGGUCGCCGAGAUGUCUCGCACCCUGGUACGGAGCCUUGCGAAGGAUGGCCUGAUGGAUGACGGAAAGGAGGAACUACUUGAAUCGGGACGGAUUAAGUUAGCCUGUGAAUUGAUAUCGCAAUACCUCCCCAGGGACAUAUUACAAGACUUGAUUGCGUCUUACGAUCUCUCCAAACUGGACGCCCAUGUGAAAACGGUCAGAGAUGAAGAACUCGCCUUGCUCGCCCCUGCAAAAUCCGUUGCAGCCGGCGAUAAAAAUCAGAAGAGGAAAAAAGACGCCGAGGCUACUGCGAAUGCUGACGUUGACACAUCUGGCGAUGGAGAUAAGAAAAAAAGAGGCGCCAAGUCGUCACAUGGCGUAGAGAAGCUGAAGAAGGCCAAUGUAGCAGGGAUGUCGAAAUUGUCCACAUUUUUCACGAAGAAAGCUGCAUAA